AUGCCUUCCGACGAGAAACAGGUACAGCUUCCUGCUGAUCUGCAGGAAGAAAACCGCGAUGUCGCUGAUCUCUGGAAAGAUGCGCUCAAGGCUUACAAAGGCAUUGUUGGCUUCGAUCUGGAGAAGAAAUUUGAUAAUGUUCAAGCCAUGAUUGAUCAGGGAACCAAGGAAAUGAACAACUUCCACUCAUUUCGACACAACGACAAGAAGGUCGAUAAGCUUAGAUCGUUGUUUGCGAAUAACCUCGAUUAUAUUCAAAAGGGUGCGAACCAGCUUAUCGCCGCCGCAACCCCGGCGUUUCCUCCGGCUGCCGCCAUUGGCACAGCUAUCACGUUUAUGCUUGGAGCAUGCCGUGACCAAAGAGCCGACUACGACCUUGUUGUCGUCUUCUUCGAAGAUAUGAACAGCUUCCUUCAGCGCGUCGUUAUCCUUGAGACGAGACUUCCCGGCCACAAGGCCUAUCAGAACUGCCUUAUGGAUGUCUUUACUUCCUUCCUUACUAUGUGUGGCUAUGCCCACAAGUACAUUGAGCUUGGAAGAUUCAAAAAAUGGAUCAGCAACCUACUAUCGGGAGGCGACUCUGAUCUUAGUGGCGCCCGCAAGACGAUGGAUCUCAAGCUGACGCGACUUCAAAACGCCACUGAAUUUGCAAUCCUUGGAAAUACAGAAGACCUGAAGAAAAUGAACUCUGAGCUUCAGCAAAAUUCAGAUCUACACACAGCAAUGCUUGAAGACCAGAAGGAAGUCAUGUCGUCAAUCCAGGAGAAUACUGAGACUAUUCGCAAUGAUAUGGCCAAGUUGCUCAAGGCCUUUACUGAUCAGAAGAAGGAAACAACCAAGAAGCCAAAGACCUUCAACAACAACAAGUCAGUUUCAGCAAAUCGGAUUCGAAAUCUCUUUGUCGAGAUUGAGGGCGAAGACCACGAAUAUUAUGUGCUGAAAGACACCAUCAUCCCUGAUACCUGUAAUUGGCUCUUCGAUGAGCCUCAGUGGGAGGAAUGGCAGCCAAGCAAAGAUCCGAGCCCAGUCCUGGCUAUAUCGGGUGACCCCGGUGUAGGCAAGAGCCACAUCGGUGCCACAAUCUAUGACAAGCUACACAAGGAGGUUGAGACUGACUCCGACAAGACCCUAUGCGCAGCGCAUUUCUACUUCCGGGAACAGGCCAGCGACCUUCACACCUUCGGCAAUGCCAUUAACAUCAUCGUUAUUCAAGUGGUUGAACAGAACGAGCAGCUAUGUGAGCUAGUCCUCGCCGAAUUUAAUAAGGACGAAACGUUUAUCGACUACCAGGACCCGGAAGAUGUAUUCCGGAAGUUACUGGUGCCCAUUUUCCGAAGGGACUCCAAGUAUCAUCUCAAAGUCAUGUUGGACGGAGUCGACGAACUAGAGGACUUUGAGAACCUAAUCAAAUUCCUUGGAAUCAUCAAGGACGAAGAGCUGCGUAUCUCCGUUGUUGUCACGAGUCGACCUGAGCGUGUAAAGGAAAUCUCUGAAGCGAACAUUCCGACUAUGAUAAUUCCAGUGGACAAGGAAAAGCAGAAACUUGAUUUGAGAGAGCUGAUAUGGAACCGUCUCAAUUCGAUGAGUGCACUGCGUACGUUCGGUCGGUAUGUGAAGCAAAGGGUGGCCGAUAAGCUCGAAAAGCACUCGCCGAAUAUGCUAUACGCUGAGAAUAUGCUUCAUAGGCUCAACUCGCUGGGUCGCGAAGCAGCUGUUCUGCGUACUCUUGAGAAGCCUUUGCCCGCAGACCUUGAUGAACUGUACGAGAUUCUUGUCGCCGAAUGCUACAAGCAUCUGAUCCCAGACCACAAGUCUCUGGUGAACAGACUUCUACACUGGGUCGCACACAAGCAGUCUUUAACCCUUGAUGAAGUUAACUCUUUAUUGAGGCUAUGGACUAAUGACAACAAGUUCGAUAUUGAUGAGAUCCCAGAUUCGAUCCUCAACUUGAUUCGAAUCGGUGAUCCUGGUGCAGACGCCGAACAGCGGGCCAAGGUCAAAGCGCAAGGCUUUUGGGGCACUGCUGUGGAAGAGCUUGAUAAAAAGAACGCUGACCCGGACGCUAUGUAUAACGAUGGUGACCUACCUGUCAAGUUCCACGAGCGCUCAAUGAGGGCGUUUUUCUGUGACACAACAGGCAAGGAAGAGUCUCGACGUUGGAAACCCUCCGAAACCAAGCGUCAACUUUUCUCCGACCUGGCAAGCAUUCUGCGCCGCAAGGACGAGGAUAUCACCAUUACGCCGUCGCUGAAGGCAUAUAUCUUUGAGAAGAUGCUUCAUUUCUGGCGCGACAUCGACCCGCAGAGUCAUACUGCUGAAGAGCAGGCCGAAGUGAUGGAAACAUUUGCCAGCAUCAUGCUGAACAAGAACGGCUUUGCCGAACUCUACUGCAAACAAGAACUUGGUGAAGUUAACGCUUACACCGAGAUGUUCAACGACGAGUCGUUUGAGAAGGUGUCUACAUGGGCGUCCCUGGUCGAAACGGAAGGCGUCAAAUCAUUCCUGAGUGACGAUGUGGCUCAAUGGUGGGCUGUUUUGAAGGCAAACCCCCGAGAUUGUCUCCUUGAGCUACUCAAGGAACAUGUCAGGGUGCUAUACCGUGAACCCGAAUCACUGGCUGUAAUCAGAUGUUUCAACGCAAUCGAAUGCCUGGUCGAAUUGCGACCAAUGGACGACACAAUCGCUGAGCGUGCCAAAGCCGCCUUUGGAGACCAAGCAACAAAUGAAGAGGUUACCCCUCAACAAAGGCUCGGCAUGGCCCUAGAGAACCUUUUCGAUGAUAUACCCAUGUCUCCAAAUGCACAUCGAGCGGUGGGACUCAUCCUUUUCUAUUACUCAACGGCUGAUCAUGCUUCUCACUCUUUCGAAAAGGCUUUGGAGAUGGAGGAUGACCUUCUGGGAAGGCUCGAAAGUCAGCACGCUAUGGCCCAAAUUUUGGUCAAAAAGGAAGCAUAUGACGAGGCAUACACUUAUGUCACAAAGUAUAUGGAAAACGUCGAUCAUGAUGCUGUAAUCCCAUCUGACAAGCGUGAUGCAUGGACCAUCAAGGGUAGUAUUGAGGUGCUACUGGGAAAUAAGGAAGAAGCAGCUCAUUCAUUUGCACAAGCUCGAAAGUCCGACCCAACGGGUUUGACACCGGGCGAAGCUCUUGAGGAGGAGAUCGUCCUGUUCGCCAAUUCGUCACCCGAGCGGUUUAUCGAGGUUCUGAAAGAUUGGAACCCUUUGGAACGCUUGACGUACCUGGCACACGACUUUCAGGAAGGCGGGAGGUUGCUGCACAGUCGUAUUCGAGACGCGGCACUGAAGACCCACGAGGAACAAUUUGUCCUUGAAGUUUACGAGGACGCUAUCAAGCAUCUGGAUAACGUCAAAGCUUCGGCACCCAUCCAGGUCGAGCUGGCGUUAUUCCAUUGGCAGGUCCGCAAUGAUCCACAAACAGCUUCAAAGGUUUUGGAUCAGGUGCUCGAGAGCGGCUCAAACCUCUGGCUCUACGCCAUAACGAACGCCAAUCCUAUCGAUAUCUUGGGCCGAGCCGUGACGUACCAGUGCGACAUUGCGUGGAAGUUCUUCCAAGAAUCUUCCGACCCGGAGUUCAAAGCCACGCUUCUUGAGUCUAUACGAACCAUCUUGUCUCGACCUUUAGCACUGGAUGUUCCACCCAAUAUGUCUAACGCCCACCGCCCGCUGACUAUGGCCAAGAUGUACUUCAAGAUGGGACCUGUCGUUGAGUCUCAGAAGAUUCUCCAGGAUGCUGUCAACAACUGCAUCGAUCAUUUAAGUGAUACUGUUGAUUGGAAUGACGCCCGAAAUCUGGUGUUCCUUGCUAAGGUUCUGCAUGUUCUCAGCAAGAAGGUUCAAGGAAAGAGUGAAGAGCUCACACGGGUGGCACGGAUCUUAGUCUCCGCACAGCUCAGCCGUUUGGACCCAGAGAUCCCUCAGAAGGACGAGGAUGAGAGCGAAGCCGGGCCAGAUACACCAGGCGAAGAUGAUCAAGAUUCCAAGGAGCCUGCGCAAACACCGUCACAGCCAGAUGGGAAACAGCCAGAAGACCCAGUCACCGACGAAUCACUACCUGAUGAAGGAGACUCAAUCCCAGGCGAGCGAAUGUGCGAGGGUGAAUGCAACCCUUCUAAGGGGUUUCAUGGGUUUGGAAACCAGAUUGCGUACCAGUGCAUGGACUGCUUCGAAGGAUUUCUUUGCGAGGAAUGUUAUGAAAGUCGAGUCAGCGACGGGCCCAAGUCUCUAGCAAGCAAGACUCUAGUCAACUGCGACAAGGGCCAUCAAUUUCUGAAAAUGCCCAUCGAGGGAUGGCAUGGUGUCAAAGAUGGCAAGGUAAUGCUUGAAGGGGAGGAACCACUUGAGUUUAAGGAGCUUCUACAGCAGGUUCGUGAGCUUUGCAAGGGAGCUUGGGAUGAGUUCUGGCAGGGGUAA